AUGAGUCACUUAAUGUCGCUACCCAUCGUGCUGCUGAAGGAAGGCACGGACAAGGCCCAGGGGAAGAGCCAAAUUAUACGGAACAUAAAUGCGUGCCAAAUUAUCGUAGACAUAAUAAAGACGACCCUAGGACCCCGAGGCAUGGACAAGCUUAUCUACACGGAUAAGGAUGUUACUAUAACAAAUGAUGGCGCCACGGUGAUGAAUCUGCUAAACAUUUCUCACCCCGCAGCGUGCAUUUUAGUAGAUAUUGCUAAAUCGCAAGAUGAAGAAGUGGGAGACGGAACGACCUCCGUGGUAGUAGUAGCAGGAGAGUUACUAAACGAAGCGAAACAAUUAAUUAACGAUGGGAUAGAACCCAAUAUGAUAAUUGAUGGGUUCAGAAACGCAUGUACAGUAGCCAUCAACAAAUUGAAUGAUCUCAGUCUUCGCUUCGUGAGCAAAAGCGAAGAGGAAAAAAAAGAAAUCCUAAUAAAGUGUGCACAAACCGCAUUAAACUCGAAGCUUGUUUCUAAUCAUAAGGCAUUUUUUAGCGAACUGGUGGUAAAUGCUGUAUACAAAUUAGGAGAAAAUAUGGAUAAAUCAAAUAUAGGUAUUAAGAAAGUGACUGGUGGUUCUUGCUUAGAUACACAACUGAUUUACGGAGUGGCGUUUAAAAAGACCUUCUCUUAUGCAGGAUUUGAGCAACAACCCAAAACAUUCCUGAACCCGAAGAUACUCCUCCUAAAUGUAGAAUUAGAAUUAAAAGCGGAGAAGGAAAAUGCAGAAGUGAGGAUUGACAACCCAAGUGACUACAACUCCAUUGUCCAAGCCGAGUGGGAAAUCAUUUUUAAAAAAUUGAACUUAAUAAAAGAAAGUGGAGCAAACAUCGUUCUGUCUAGACUUCCAAUUGGCGAUAUAGCCACCCAGUUUUUUGCAGACAAUGAUAUUUUCUGUGCAGGCAGAGUGGAAGAUGCAGACCUAAAACGAACUGCAAACGCAACAGGUGCUAUCGUACAGACGUCGCUAUUCAAUCUAAACGAAAGUGUUUUAGGUAACUGUGGUGUCUUCGAGGAAAUACAAAUAGGAAAUGAAAGAUACAACAUUUUUAAGGAAUGCCUAAAGACCAAGUCAGUCACCAUUAUCCUCAGAGGAGGGGCUAACCAAUUCAUCGAAGAAGUGGAGAGAUCAAUUAAUGACGCCAUUAUGAUUGUGCUCAGAUGCAUUGGAAAUUCAGAAAUUGUUCCUGGAGCGGGAUCUAUAGAGAUGCAACUAUCUAAGCAUCUUAGAAUAUAUAGCAGAUCCAUUUGCAACAAGGAACAAAUCGUUCUGUACUCCUUCGCAAAGGCUCUUGAAUCCAUUCCUAGACACCUCUCCCACAAUGCUGGUUAUGAUUCUACAGAUAUUCUGAACAAACUCAGGAAGAAGCACUCCGAGGAGACAAGUGACAUCUGGUACGGAGUUGACUGCCAGGAGGGAGACAUCAUCAAUGCGUAUGAACACUGCAUUUUUGAAGUUACAAAAAUUAAGAGAAACGUAAUUUACAGCGCUACGGAAGCUGCCUGCCUUAUCCUCUCUAUCGAUGAGACUAUAAAGAACCCGGCCAGCAACGCCGACAAGGGCCCACGCAACCCGUACGCCUGA